AUGACCAUGACGGGCGAAACAACAACCGUCAACGCCGACGACUUCAGCUCCCGCAAGUUCGACUUCCUGGUCGUCGGUGGGGGGACAGCCGGCCUGGUCGUCGCCGCUCGUCUAGCCGAGGCCAAUUCCUCCUACACCAUCGGCGUGCUCGAGGCGGGAGGCGUCGCGGAAGAUGACGAGGAUAUCCAAAUCCCCGGCCACUACGGACGGUCAUUGGGCGGCCGCCUUGAUUGGCAUCUCGAGACAGUACCGCAGCAAGGUCUCGGGGGGCGAAGGCUACCCUGGCCUCGCGGAAAGGUCCUCGGAGGCACCAGCGCUCUGAACUAUAUGGCCUGGAAUCGCGCUAGUAAGGAUGACUACGAUGCAUGGGAAGCCUUGGGGAAUGCCGGAUGGGGUUGGGACGAGCUUCUGCCUUUUUUCAAGAAAUCCGAGACGUUCCACCCACCCAGUAAGAGUGUGCAGGAACAAUACAACGUAUCCCAUGACGCAGACACGUUUGGAACUUCAGGCCCCAUCCAAGUCUCGUAUCCCACCGACUACUCGCCCUCGCAUCGCCUCUGGCACAGCACGCUCAAUGCCCUGGGCGUUGAGACCAACUCAUCCCACGUCGGAGGCUCAAACGUCGGCGUUUGGACGACUGUCAACGCGGUAGACCCGCGAUCCGCCCGCCGGUCCUUCGCCACCGACUACUGCGCUGCUGCGCCGGCUAACCUGCACAUCCUCACUCACGCGACGGUAAAUGAGAUUGUCAUCCAGGAUGUCGAUGGCGAGUGCGUUGCCACCGGGGUCCGGUUUGCGUGCCAGGGCAGAGAACACGUGGUUUCCGUGUCCCGCGAGGUUAUCCUCUCGGCCGGGAGCAUCAAGUCACCGCAGAUCUUGGAGCUUUCGGGCAUAGGAAACCCCAAGGUGCUAGCCCAAGCUAAUGUGUCCCUCAAGGUGGACAGCCCGAUGGUCGGAGAGAACCUGCAGGACCACUUGAUGCUGGCUACCAUCUUCGAGGUCGACCCUCUUCUCGCUAACAAGGAUGACGUGCUGAAGGAUGAGACACUCGCAGUCGCGGCUCGGGAGCAGUACGAUCGGGACGGGACCGGUCCGCUCACGAUUCUCCCCGUCUCUCUUUGCUACGUGCCCCUCGCCCACAUCGUACCAGACCAGUCUCUUGCUGGCCUGUACGCCAAGGCGGAUGGGUUGACUGCGUUUGAUGCAGAGAAGAAGGCGAUUCUGCAGCAGCGGCUCGACGGCCGUGCCAAGCUGGGCCAGAUUGAGUACAUCUUCGAUCUCGGCAACUGGAGCAACUUCUUCAAAGGCGAGGACGGCAAGAAGUACGGAACCAUGCUGCAGAUCCUCCAGUACCCCUUUUCCGUCGGCUCGAUCCACAUCUCUCCCGCAACGGACCACCCCACCACGGCAGAAGAUCCGCCCGUCAUCGACCCGCAAUACUACGGCGGCGCACACGGCGCCCUCGACGCGGACGUCAUGAAGGAGUGCGCUCGCUUUCUACACAAGAUUGUCAAGACCGAGCCGCUGUCUGGCAUCAUCCUCGCACCAGCCUCGCCGUCUGCGGCCACGAUCGACAGUGAAGAUGGCCUCAGCGAGUGGAUCGUGCAGAACACCAUCACCGAUUGGCACCCGGUAGGCACCUGCGGCAUGGGCGGGCGCGCUGGAAUCAAGGGCGGCGUCGUCGAUGAGCGGCUGCGCGUGUACGGGGUUCGGGGGCUAAGAGUUAUCGACGCCAGUGUCAUGCCGCUUCAGAUCAGUGCGCACAUCCAAGCUACGAUAUACGCCAUUGCGGAGAAGGGGGCCCACAUGAUUUUGGAAGAUGCCCAGGCUGCCAAGUAA